CGCCGGCAGUCCUCGCACCGACACCAUCAUCACGUGGCACAGUUGUUGGUCUAGGUGCUCGUUGCUCCAGCAGCACCUCCAGCAUGUUCACGCUGUGCAUGUCCAGGACCACACAUCCGCAGCUCACAGCCGUAGACCUGGCUGCACAACUAGCACAACAACAAGCCAUAAAUAACAUGCUCUUGAAUGUCAAUAAAUGUACUAUUAUGACGUUUACACGCAGGGUAGAAACGACAUGUUUUAAUUUUGGAAUCGGUAGCAAUGUUCUUUGUCGUGUUAAUAUCGUCAAGGAUUUGGGCGAAUUGGAAACAAACAGGUCAAGGGAGGAUAUCUUCUUCGAUAUCGACGUAAGUAUAUUGCAUUUCAUAUGA